GGCCAAGCCUCGCCAGCGGGCCCGACCCGGCUCCCGGUUCCUCCACAAAGAAGCUGGAAGAACAAUAAACUGAACAGGAAGCACCAUGUCUUGCGUUGCCACGUAUUACAGUGGGAAGUCAGUACUCAUCACAGGAGCCACAGGUUUUAUGGGGAAAGUCCUAGUGGAAAAGCUCCUGCGCUCCUGCCCCGAUGUGAAGACCGUCUACAUCCUUGUGAGACCCAAGGCUGGACAAUCGAUGCAAGAGCGAGUGGUGGAUAUGGUGAAAUGCAAGAUGAAAGAACUUGGAGAAGGCUUCGUUCACCUUUCAACUGCCCAUGGCGCAAACUGUAACCGGAGGCACAUAGAGGAAGUCAUCUACCCUCCUCCUGUGGAGCCCAAGAAACUGGUAUUGAGCCUUGUGGAGUGGAUGGACGAGUCCCUCGUUGACGAGAUCACACCCAAGCUGAUUGGGGAUUGGCCCAAUACUUACACAUUCACCAAAGCCUUGACCGAGUACCUGGUUCAGCAAGAGAAGGGCGGCUUAAAUGUUGCCAUCGUCCGGCCAUCCAUCGUGGGAGCGAGUUGGCAAGAACCGUUUCCCGGCUGGAUCGACAACUUCAAUGGAACAAGUGGUUUUCUUAUUGCGGCUGGAAAGGGCAUUAUACGGACGGUGAAAUGCAAUCUAGAGGCAGUUGCUGACAUCAUUCCCGUUGAUGUGGCUAUUAAUCUCAUCCUUGCUGCCGGGUGGUACACUGCAGUUCACAAACCAAAAUCAAUGUUGAUAUACAACUGCACGACGGGCGGCAUCAACCCUUUCUGCUGGGGAGAGAUGGAAAGUCAUGUCAUAUCCACAUACAAGAGGACACCCUUGGAGAAAGCCUUCAGAAUCCCCAGCACUAACAUGACUUCAAGCUACCUGAUCCACCAGUAUUGGACAACGGUCAGUCACAGACUCCCAGCCUUGCUUUACGAUUUGUAUCUGAGGCUAACCGGAAGGAAGCCCAGGAUGAUGAAGUUGUUCAAUCGCCUGCACAAAGCUAUGACUCUGUUAGACUAUUUUACCAGCCGUACUUGGGAAUGGAGUUCAGACAAUGCGAGCAUGCUAAUGAAUCAGAUGAGUCCCAAAGACAAGAAAUUGUACUGCUUUGACGUCCGUCAGCUGCAUUGGUCUGAAUACAUUGAAAAUUACUGCCUAGGAACAAAGAAGUAUCUGCUGAAUGAAGACAUGGCUGGAAUUCCUGCCGCAAAGCAGCACUUAAGGAAGCUCAGGAAUAUUCAGUACGCCAUCAACACCACUCUGCUAGUGAUCAUUUGGCGCGUCUUCAUUGCAAGGUCGCAAAUGGCUCAGAACAUCUGGUAUUUUGUGGUGAACCUUUGUUACAAGUUCCUGAGCUAUUUCCGGGCUUCCAGCACCCUCAGACAUUGAAAAAGCUUGCCUAGUUCCUGACAAUGGAAGGUCUCCCGAAUGGGUUCUUCUCCAAACAACAACUGUGGGUGUUUGGGCUUGAAAGUCUCUUGUGACUUCUGCAGUAUCCGACCUGCAUCAUGAUAGGGGCCAUUGUUGGGUCAUUGUUUUUUUGGUUCUGGAGGGGCUUUUUUGUAACUAACGCUUCAAUGCACCAUUGUCUUCCCUUUAGGUCCACCAGGCUAAUUUUCAAAGCCAUAACCAAAGUUUUGAACACAGGUCUGUUUUUCUCCCCAGUGAGGAGCUAUGAAUUACCAAAGCUGCUGUCUUUUACCUUCGGAGCUACCUAUUAUCUCAACCCUAUCCUGACCCCCGUCAUGUUACUUAUGUCCUAACUGAACCAUGGGAAGGAGUGAAGAGCACAAGAAAACCCAGAAAUAACUGACAAAAUUAACCAAAAUUACCCCUCUCCCCCCCCCCAACCUCUCCUUAUUUUAAUGGAGACAAAUUUUAUUUUAUUUUAAUGAAGACAAAUGAGGGAUACGUAUUUUGCUUUUGAAAACAACAGUUUAAGGUCCUGCAUCAUUCAGAAUCAAGUUGAAACCAGCUGAAACAGAGAAAACAAAAUCCACAGGAGAUUUGGUGGGUUCUGGAAGGGUUUUUUCCACUUUAUCUUCACAUUUUCUGUAAUAUUAUGCACCAGGCUACAUACUUUCAAGUCCCUGUGAAUGGACUGAAGUACAUUUGAAAGUGAAUAGACACAGGGAGCACUGUUGAUGCCUAAAUCGGGUUUAAAGUAAUUUCCUGUCCCCCAGGAAAUGAUGGGAACCAUGGUCAAUUCCGCACUUGCGUUAUCGACCUAUGUUCGAGCUGCGUUCGACCUAAGUGCUCCGCACAACCACUGGGAUCGAUGUGGUUUUGUACCAGCUUUGC